CUGGCCCGGCUGCGGCCACCCGCGCGGUGCGCGCGCCUAUAUACCGACUUUGCGCCAGCUCCCGGGUGGCAGUGUUGUGCUCCCCGGUCGCCAUAGUGUAGCGCAUAGCAGCGCACCUCGCGGCCGGCAGGGCAGUUUGUUCGGCUCGGCUUGCCGAACGCCUGCUCUCGACUUGAAGCGCUUCGCACUGCUUAUUCGCCCCUCCCGGCCCGGUCGUGGCCUUGCUUGUCGCCCGUGCUCGCUAUUCGAGGCAUACUGUGCUAGUCUCAGCACCGCGCUGCUGUAUCCGGACCGCGCCAUGAAGGCCCUGCUCGCGCUCCUGCUGGUGGUCGCGGCCAGCAGCGUGGACCAUGUGGACGCGGCGCGCAUCCUGGCCGUGUUCCCGCACACGGGCAAGACGCACUUCCUGGUGUUCGAGCCGCUGCUCAAGGAGCUGGCGGCGCGCGGCCACGAGAUGGUCGUGGUGAGCCACUUCCCGCAGAAGGUGCGGCCCUCGGCGACCUGGACGGACAUCAGCCUGGAGGGCACGCUGCCCAACCUGGCCGGCGUCAUCAACCUGGAGGACGGCGGCGGCCUCCACCCGCUGACGGUGGCCGCGUGGGACUUCUGGUUCGUCACGCAGUUCGGCCACUACUCGUGCGACACCAUCUACGCGCACCCGCCGCUCAAGAAGCUCGUCGACGGCGACCGGCGCGGCUUCGACCUCAUCAUCAACGAGAACUUCAACACCAACUGCUUCCUGGGCCUGGUGCACCGCUUCCGGCCGGCGCCCUACGUGGCCUUCAGCUCGUGCGCGCCCUUCAGCUGGGACUACCACCGCGUCGGCAACCCCUACCACGGCGCCACCAUGCCCAACACGUUCCUCUGGCUCUCCGACGAGAUGUCGUUCACGGAGCGCGCCGUCAACACGGUCUUCUCCAUGGCCAUCCGCGCGUACCAGGCGCUCGUCUGGGACCGGGACGCUCAGCGCGUCGUCGAGAAGCACCUGGGCCCGGGCGUGCCGCCGCUGAUCGAGCUGGCCAACAACAUGUCCGUCAUGCUGUCCAACACGCACGCCGCGCUCAACCGGGCCAAGCCGCUCGUCCCCGCCGUGGUGGAGGUCGGCGGCAUCCACAUCGACCAACCCAAGCCCUUGCCCCAGG